AUGUCUUUCUAUGAACGCUUUUCUGACCCCUACCAACCAACACCAAGUGGAGUGGGAAGAACCAACGGUGGAGGAGGUCAAGGUGGACCAUCCAAUGGAUCUGCUCCCACUGAGGGACAGAACCAAGUCGAUUCCACCGAAAUGACAACCGCCACUAAUGGUGGUGGUUCCUCACAGAAUACGGAAGCUCCUGGCCCAGCAACAGACCCCAAGGGUACAGGUAAAGGCAAGAAAAACAAGUGGGCGAAAGUCGACUUGAACGAUAUUGCACCAAUGGCAGGUCCCUCUAUUCCCGCGCAGCCAAACCUUAAGGGUGGAGGCAACUACAGGAAGGAACGAUCCUUCGGUCUCCUCGUUGAGGAUAAUGUUAAAGCACCUCGUCCUCAUGAGAAUCCUCAUCGCGGUGUCAACAUUGACGGAGAGUCACUUGGCGAGAUCGCCGAUCGCUUGAACAAGCUGGAUUUGGAGAAGGCUAGUAAGCCUUUAACGGAAUUCACACUCUUCCCGAAACUCUCGCCCGAACUGCGCUUCAAGAGUUGGAACAUUGCAGCACGUUCCUUGUCGCCUCGAAUCCUGGAAGUUGUAUUGUAUCCGGAUUUUCCCUGCCCACCAGGUGGCCAACGAGAUAACAUUGACAUGUGCAAUCCCAAUGAUUUGAGACAAUUCAAUCAUAAGACAUGGCACAUCUCCGCGCCUGGCCAGAAAGUCCCAGCCAUAUUACACGCCACUCGGGAAUCGCGUGCCGAGGCCCAACGCGUGUACGAAAAGCGAUACCUCAACAACUUUCCGGAUAAUUUCCCCUAUCACCAAAAUGACGAGCGUCCAUGGACAUACUACAACCCGUAUGUCGAUGUCAUUUUCUUUGGCGAUGGAAUGUGCAUUAUGCCGCUUGUCAGAUUCUUCCGUCACCAUUCCGAGGAAAUUUUCCCUCGACUAGCUUUCCGAUGUGCCGAAUUCAUUGGUACAUGUAAGGUACAAUGUACCUGGAAUACCUGGGAAUGGGGACACGGUGACGAUUGGAGUGACUGCCGUCGCGGAGUCGGCAUUGGAGGCGGCGGUAUUGACAUCAUGGGUAUUCUUCACGGAAAAGAUCGGGAAAUUGCCCUAAACUCGCUGGUUCCUGGAGUUCCGAGUGUAGAGGAGGUGUUUUUCGUGGUCAAGACGGAGUGCAUGAAGUUCCCACCGGGACGGGUGCCCAGCAACUUGACCUUCCGCCCUGCGAUACACAACGGCCUGACACGAGGUCAGCAGCGGAAGAGAACUGAAUCUCAAGCUGAAGUUGACAUAGCUAGGGCCGGAGAAGGAGUUCCUGGCUGUGGUACCAAUAGAUGGAACGACCAUCCUCCAACUUUCAGCUUCGUCUCCAUGGCUCCUCCAUUAAAAUAUGGCAAGGGUAAAGACCUAAAGCACGAUGCACUCCAUGUGCCAAGCGAGCAAUUGGGUAAAUUGACCUAUCACAACAAUAAGUUCCUUGUAGAUUUAGCUGUCAGAGCUAAUCUCGAGAUCGUACCUAGCGCGAGAGCAUACGCUGGUGAGCUGAAUCGAGAAAUCGGCUUGUACAAUGGUACUGAAAAAGGCAUUGAGCUAGCAAAGGAAGAGAUCCAGAGGCAAUUACUUGUGGAUAUCAACGCCGAUCAUCGUGGUCCCAACCACCAAGGCGGCUCUCGUGGUCGUGGUCAAUAG